CUAGUCCCCAUCUUCCGUUCCCCGAAGUGUUCCAAGCUCAGAGUUCUAUAUAUGUUUCAAGGGAACCCAUUGAUAUCGCACUAUGCUUUGCUGACAUUCAGCCUCGCAUAGAUUGAGCAUUCGAACGAUAAUCAUCCAAUAUGAAACAUACAAUCUCUUUUAGAAUGUGGGAGAUGAAGAGAGGCCUGAUCAUAAAGCUUUACCAAGAAGAAGAGUGGCCUCUGAAACAAGUGCUUAAAAGGAUUCGCUCCGACACAUUCAAUCCAAGUGAGACUCAGCUGCGGAGUCGCUUGAAAAAAUGGGGUGUCACCAAGCUAUCUCGUCGUCGCAGUCAGAACAAAUUCAUCAUGAGCCAUCAUGAAGGUCUGAGCAAUGAAGGUUGCUUCAAGUCGCCAGUUUAUAGUGGUGACGAGACGGCACAUUCAACAACCAUGAGCCAUUCUACGACGAAGGAAGAUUUCUAUACACCUGAACGAGGCGAUAUCAUGCCUGACACGCAAACCUCAAGUGGAAUUAUACCACAUGAUUCUUUCCAUUCUUCUGCAACAGCCAUGUCAGCAGUCAACCCAUCAUGGGAGUAUCAUGAAGUUUCCCCUGGAUACUAUCCACGGUUUUCACAUCCCACUUUCGACUUUUACAACCCAGCCAUAGAGCGGCCAAGAGCGGAAUUGGCAUCAUCACAAUGGCCUAUGACUAUGAGCUACGGCAUGCUACCAGAGGAUGUGGCCCAUGACUCUGCUACGCGGCUCUACACUACUUCACCCUCCGGCAUGUUCGUGCACCAGCCAGCCCACUUUACGUCCUUCCCUCAGUCAGACUGGAUUCAAACUCCAGAGUGCCAAUUAGUUUACCAAUCGUCAUAAUCAGAACGCACCUUACCCGACACUCUUAUCUUACACCCUUAAUACGCUGGAACCGAUAUGUCGCUUUGCUAUUUUCAUACCCGGAAUUAUCUACUAUGUUCAAUAUAUCCCCUCGUCGUGAUUUGCUAUGUAUAAAUCGGUGAUAUACCUGACUGGAAACCAACGCCUUUACAUUGCUGUUUCUGUCGAUCUUGUCGAACUAUGUUUGUUUAUAACAGUCGUUACGCUCCUGUCUCUUUUUUUUCUUUUGUCUCUUUUUAUAAUUCGAAAGUCACACAUGUAUACAUGCGACUUGAAGCUUCUAAGGAUGAACUUGGCCAGUCUUGCUUGGCACAACAGUGUACACUCGCUCGAAACAUGAAAACACAAAUUUGGGUAAAAGAUGUGUCACACACGGUGGCCUGUAUCUUGAGUUUCCUUAUAUAUUUACCUAUGAAUCCUUCCAAUAAUACACAGUUC